ACUCUUGGGCUCUAUCCAUUCUUCACAGCAUGGGAUGAUCAUGGAGUUGAUCUUAGCACAUGCAUCAUUAUUGAAUUUCAAUGAAUUUGACAGAAGAAAGGGUAAAUUUUCAGCAAAACAACGAAUAAUAUUUAAUCCAAAUCUAUAAAUUCAAAGGAAUUAGCUAACUCAUAUCAAUGGAAGUAAGAAGGCUGGCGUUAGCAACAUCAAAAACAUCAAGAGAGGAUGAUACAGAACUGAGUGCUUAGGUUCUCAUUGGCAUCCAUGCCUCCUCUGUUUAAGAUUUUGAGGUGAUAAGUUACUCACCAGGGAUUCUUAAGUUUUCCUCCAUUGAUGUGCAAUCACAUAAGCUUUCCUAACAUAAAAUUAUCUGUCUCGAAAAGUUAAGAAAACGAUGAAAAAAGCCCAGGUUUUGGGACGAUAUAUGUUAUGAAACUUUUGAGAUUUGUUUAUACCAGUUCAAGACAACUUCUUGCAUCGCCUUCUUCCCACUCUCAGCCGCUAAAGUGUAAUUGUGAUAGUUCGAUUCUGUUUUCAGCAUGUGAAGGUUCCACUCAGAUUUAAUAGACGAAGUGUAUCUGUAGAAGAGAAGGAACAGCACCAACAGAUUACCACAACAGUGGAGCUAAAUCAUGAAAGAUCUCUCUCUUCUGAAAUAUGAAAGCAAAGCAAAACCACACGACACAUUAUAUUAUUACAAAACAUCAAAGCCAUUUAACUUUUUAAUUGUCUAGAGUCUCAACUAUUAUCCUAAAAAUCUGAAAGCAUGUCCUAGAUUAACCGAGCAAAACAAACCAAGACCUUGUAAAAAAAAUCGAUUGCAAACACAAAAACCAAGACGAUCAGAAUUCAUAAGAAAUGCUAAGCAAGUGAAGUUUAAUUGCAUAGAGAUAAUGAACAACCUUAGAUAACUCUUGAAGAGCAUUCUCCCUGAGUUUGAGGUUGCAGAUGUCGAGCACCAACUGCUCUGCCGCAUAGAGCUUGCGGUCGUCGCCUAUUAGUUCAAGUUAGAGUAACCAAUUUUUCUUACAAAUAUGAAAGAGUCCCAAAAUAAAAUAAUAAAAUAAUGAAAUUCGCCGAUUUAAAAAGCUUUAAUCAGAAUACCUUGGAAUCUAGCAGCAACAUAUCAAUCCCCCCCCCCAAUCAACUGGCCUCUUUUUGACAUUCAUAGCCUCCAAAAACUGGAGCAGUCGCGUCUGUACCACCUACUUGCACCGGCCUGCCUUCAAUUUUUCUAAGCUUGCAAAUUAAAAAUCGAUCGGAAAAAUGUUUAGAGGUAUUUGAAAGGCCAAUGAGAAGGUGUAUCUAUAUAUUUACUCUGGAAAAGCUCAGGAUCGAGAAAUUAAACAUGCAAUGAAGAGGAGAAAGUGGGAUUAGUAUGUUGAUUAUUUGGCAUAACGGCAGAGGGUUACGUGACGGGAGGUGGAAAAGGAAUCGUAGGUUUCAGACUUCUGAAUCUAUUCAAUUAAUGAUCCAUGUAGAAAGAAAGGCAUCACUUAGUGGGCCCAGCAUACUAAGAUUACAUUCAAAGUUUUAGCAAAACCCAGCAUACGAAGCGAACUAAAUUUUCAGAUCUCGAUCAAAACAUAAACUUACUUUAGGUGAUGACAGGUGGCAGAAAACGCCCAAUCCUCCUUGCUGACGUGGCCGCCUGUGGAGAGAGGCAAGUCCCCUUUAUUUAUAAAGAUAUAAAUACAGCAAUACGUAAUCUCCUUACUUCACAGAUUUAUUUCAUGUAAAAACUUUAACAUCACCUUAAUUUAUACACAUGUCAUGAGAUAUAUAUGAAAGUUUUUUUUUGCAAACCGAGUAUCUUGACUCACCGAGGUGGUCUAAACUAGAGACCGAAGUGAGCAUGGACACUGCCAGGGCGUCACCAUGUGGUUCACUGUGUAACGGUCUUUGGUUUCGGAUGCUGCAGCCCAUAUGUAAAUUUUGUAAUGGUCAAGGCUCGAACCCAGGGGUGGGCACUCCAGCUGGAGCUCCUAUGCUACUAUACCAAAGUAACUUGGUUAGAUAUAUAUGAUAGUUAUUACCCACUCUUUAGUUUUUGCAAUGUUAUAGUUCAAAUCGGAAUUCUCGUAUUAAUUAAUUAAUAUAUAUAUAACUGUUAUUGGUUGAUGAUCUGAAAAGCCUCGGAGGUAUGAUGAGCUGCAUUUGUUGAUUUCUUGUCGCUUAGUAUAAUAUUCUUACGUGAAGUGGCUGCUCUUCACAUCAUGCAGCCAUGAACAUAUGAGCAUACUUCAAAUAUAAUACUAUACACAUGCAAACAUGUACAAUUUUGGGAAGGGACUAAGCAAUCCUGGCCUCCGAAAUUAGUCGGAUCUAUACGCCUCUGAUGACCCGGAUCAUCGAAAAGAACAUCUACCAUCUUAGUUCUUAAAACAAAGUAUUAUCACAAUUCACAAAUUAGACAUUUUUAUCUGGAGCUCAAACAAGCCAUUAAGUUACGAAUUUUGGGACAAAAUAUAUCAGUGGUUAAUAAUUAACGCGAUGAUUCUGAAAGAUAUAAAUUUAUAACCAAUCGACUAUCACAUUACUGCGGUUCUUACGUAAAUUCAUAAUAGUGACGAAUAAUUAUUUAAUCUACCGCAUUCAUAUAUAUAUACACACACACGUCGUUGAUGUUUCCCUUGGUCUCAUGACUUUACACAUUUUGGAAUUAGUUUAACUAAGAAACUUGGUCAUUGAUAUUUGGUUAAUACUUCCCCAAUCAUUGUCUCAACUCUCAAAUCUGGUUUGAUAAGUCGUCGUACUCUUACAACAUAUUGGUUGGAUUUUUAUUUUUUUGGUCUUUGGUGUAUGUCAUAAGAAAUUAAUAAGAGUGUAUUUGUUCGCUAAACCAACAUGUACAUACGAGGAGAUGCGUACGUAUACGUAUUAGAUAUAUAUAUAUAUAUAUAUACACAUAUAUAUAUGCCAAAUAAAAUAAAUAAAUAAAAAAAUGAAAGAAAAUGGAGUGGAGUAAUGGUAGAGAAAGACCAAAGGGGAGAGCCGUAGACUCCGUGACAGCCAGGCUUGCACUAUCAUUAAUUUACACAUUCGUUCACCAAAAGUGAUCUAGUUGCCUCUACUUACCAUUCUUUUUUAUAUAAUUGUUUUCUCAAUGAAUGGCAGCAGAUCAUAUAAAAAUAUUCAAACUAAGUUUCAUGAUAUAUAUAGCUGUUGCAUGAAAUAUUUUUACUGGAUAUAAAUAACAUGUUUAGUUAAAUUCUUUCGUUCUUUGUAUGUCACCAAAAUGUCACAUUCAUUGUCAAUAACAAAAAGAAAAUGUUGAGUUUAAGGUUAGAAAGUUCGGUAAUAUUUGUAUUUAGAACCUAACCACAUGUAAUUAUCUCCACGUCAGAUUCUUUCGACAGGACUAAUCCAAUAAUAAGUUAUUAUACAGAGUAAAAGAAAGGGAUGUUGAAGAGACAAAUAAUAAAUAACUCAAGUAAUUGUCUAAAUUUACACUCUUUUUUGUUAUGUUUGGUGGUGUCUCUCCUCUCUCUCUAGCUCUUGUGAUGAGUUUGCCAAGUUGGGAAAAUUGUAAUAGAGACAAUUACAGAAGUACUAAAAUUUAAGAGGCUGCAAAAAGACAAGUCCAACAUAUUCCACACACUUAGAGAAUGUGGUGUCUCUAUUUGACUCCUCUCCCUAAAUCACUCUCUAUUUAUGUAUGCAUCUCUUCAAUCCACACACCUAUAUCUCUCUUAACACACACAAACAUAUUUAUAUAUAUGCAAUCUUGAUCAUCUCCGUCUUCAAAUUCAAUUCUCUCUAGUUCAUCUUCUCUGUUUGUUUCUUGAAACUCUCUAUAUCAGCCCAAUGGAAACAGCCGAGGAGGCGAUAUCGGCAGCUAAGGCGCAAGCCUUGAUCAUUAAAGGGAAGAGGACUAAGAGGCAGCGUCCUCAGUCCCCAAUCCCUUUCUCUAUUGUCCCUCCUAUGUCUUCUCAAGAACCGGAUACCCAAGAAGAGUCCACUAGUCUUGUUGCCAAGGAGAAGAGUCUCAAUGAUGAGAUCAACUACAACAAUAAUAAGAAUGAUAACAACAUUUUGAGCAUUGGUGUGACAUCUUCAUCUUCAACUUCUUCAUCUUUCAACAAUGCGACAUUAAAGGCCGCGGCUGACGAAGAAGAUCAAGAUAUGGCUAACUGUUUGAUCCUCCUUGCCCAAGGACACUCUCUUCCACACCAACAACCACAAACAAGACAACUUAUGGUAAGUUACCAAGAAUCCGGUAACAACAACAACAAUGCUUAUAGAUCUAGCAGCAGGAGAUUUCUAGAGACAUCUUCAUCAAACGGGACCACUACAAGUGGAGGCAGAGCUGGUUACUAUGUUUACCAAUGCAAAACAUGUGACCGGACUUUUCCUUCUUUCCAAGCUCUUGGUGGCCAUAGAGCCAGCCACAAGAAGCCUAAAGCCGCUCCGGGUCUUCAUGACCUCAAGAAGUCUAUCUACAACGACGCCGUUUCUCAUCAUCUCAACAACGUCCUCACCACAACUCCUAACAACAAUAAUAACCAUAGAUCGCUUGUGGUGCACGGUAAAGCGAAUAACAAUAAAGUCCACGAAUGUGGAAUAUGUGGAGCCGAGUUCACGUCCGGACAAGCCUUAGGUGGUCACAUGAGACGCCAUAGAGGCGCAGGGGUAGCAGCCACAGCCACCCCAACCGCGACAUUAGCACUUCCGGCCAGUGCGGCUACCGCAAACACGGUUUUGUCAUUGUCGCCUAUGUCGUUCGAUCAGUUGUCUGACGGUCCGGUUUAUCCGGUUCAGGCUCCGGUUAAGAGAGCUAGGAGUGCGGUUGUGUCGUUGGAUUUAGAUCUGAAUCUACCAGCCCCGGAAGAUGAGAACCGGGUCAACGGAUUAAGUGUUGCUUCAAAGCAAGAACAUGGACAUGAACAAACACAAGGGAGAGAAGAACAAAAGUCUAUUGUUUUGUCUUCUGCUCCUACAUUGGUGGAUUGCUAUUACUGAAUCAAAAUUCAAUGCCAAAAUUCAUUUUUACUUCUUUUUUUUUAAAUACGUAGAAAUUGAUGAACCAUUUUUAAAAAAUUACUGAAUUCCUUGCUUGUACAAAGACUUGCAAGAUUCUUUUUCUUCUUUUGUUUACUUCAUUUCAAAAUAUAUUACAACCACAAUACUGUUCUUUGUCUUAGUAGUCCAGAUCUGCAGAUGCUAUGUAAUUACAUCCAAGUUAAUGUAAGACAUUUUGGCCACUCAACACAAAAAUAGGAAAAAAUAUAUCAAGGAAAGUUAUUAAUUUAUUAUUAUGACUAGACUUUUUUGAAACUUUUAUCAAGAGUAGACAUAAUGUAAUGGUAUCUACAAAUAUAUCUAUAUGCAUAUAUGUUUAGGGCGAAAAUAAAUUAUUUGCAUAAUUCUUUAUAUAAAGUCUUCAUUUUUUGUAUUUUUUUUUGUUUGUCAGCAGUCUUCAUAUUUGUAUAGUUUUACAAAUUAACGCAAAUUCUUCUAUAACGGGGUUAUGAUUUCCAAAAUACCACAUUCCUAGUUAUAUUUUUCAAUAUAAAACGCACAAAAAGUUACUUAAGUGUUAUAUGUUUUUAAUAAUUAUAACCAGUAAAAAACUGAUAAUAAAUGCUAGAUAAUUCAAUAGUGUUUUAGGACCAAUUCUAUUAUUUCAAAUUUAAUGAAAAAUAAAUUUCCAAAGAUGAUCCUGAAAUUUGUAAAAGUUAUCAUUUUCUUUUAGUUAUAUUGUCCAUUGAACAAUAGUUAGAAUUUCAUGUCACAUUUUAAAAAUUAAUUUAACUGUUACGUAUAAAUUAUGAGAACAAGCACGUAUAAUUUGAAAAAUGUAUUUUUUGGAGAAAAAAUAAGAAGAAGUUCAGAAUGUGUUAGCCUUGAUCGAGCCUCUUCUCCGGGAAUACAGUCUUUAUCGCUAAUUCUCUAGGUGGAUGCUUAGAAGUUGAAGUUUGGAGAAUUACCUAUUAUCGUUUACUUCCAUGUUUUUAUUUUUUUUUUGCCGUGGAAUCAAUUAUCCUAGGUUCUACAAUUUGUUAACAACACUCUUGUAAAACUUUUUGUUCAUUUUAUGAAAUGAUAUUUACAUUCUUAGCAAAAAAAAAAAAAAAAAGUUCAGACCCUUUUAAGAAACAAAAGUAAACUAAACUUUUGUUC